AUGGCCGCCACUUCGGUUCUUCCAGCAGUCAACACAAAAUCUCCAUUCAUCACAAAACCCACUGCAACCAAGGCCACAGAGAAAAACAAGGUAGUUGAAGAUCUUCUUAAAAUCAUCGAGAAGGAGUAUAAACUGGGGAACCUGACCAUCACCAAAGACAAGUACCAGCAACUUUUAAAGCUCAAACAGGAACAAACAAGGAAACAGAGACUCGCCACUCCUCCUUUACCGCCUCCUUUAUACCCACCGAUCUUCCAUAAGUUCUCUGUUCCCAAGCAAGAACCCCCACAGUCACCAGACCCCAAGAAGUUCCGCAAGAGAAAGCAGAAACUCACGUUUAAGAAAGUCGAACACGUGGUGAUUCUGAUAUUGGAGUCGCUCGCUAACAUUCUUGAUAACUUACACUUGUUUUCCAAGCUUCCUAUGUUUCCAGAGAAGUUGGUAAGUCUAUUGAAACACACCAACCGGUUGUGGGUGUUGAUUUUGGUUUUCUUGAUUCGUAAGACCAUUUCCCAGCUUCUUAAUUUGAUCAGGAAGGAGCGCAAGGUGCACUCGGAAUUGUCCAUCUUGAAGAACCAGUCCAACUCGAAGCUUUUGGAGGAGACUGAUAAGCCUGAAAACGAGAAUAAUGUGCUCCGGAAGUACGAAAAAGUGCUUAGAGACUUGAAGUUCGACAAGAUGAUGCUUAGGUUUGAGCUUUUAGGUAACUUCUUGGACUUGGCGUUUAACGUGAUUGAGCUUUAUGCUAUGGUUGUGCCAGACUGGUUUAUGAACUUCUUGAACUUCGCCAGCAUGGGUAUGACUAUCUACAGAAUGAACAAAGACGACGAGUACGUUGAUGACGAUAUCACUGACGACUUGAUCUAG